AAAAGAUCACGUGUGAAAGCGUCUAUAUCAUCAGCACUCAUGAAAAAAUAGAAGUUUCAGAUAGGAGAAAAAAAAAGGAUGUUGGACUAUGACUGGAGCACAGACGUGAAAGCGUUCAAGACAGAACAUUAAGGAAGACGUGGAUUAGUUUACAAUAGUCUAAAGCAUUCAUGUAUGUUCUAAUAAUAGUCACCGGUCAUGAAAGGUUAUUGGUUUAACUUGAGGCCAAAUUCCAUUGGUAUUUGUCAGGAAACCUGAUACGGGUUUAAUGUAUCAGGUUUCAUUGGUGGCUAAAAGGUAUUAAACAUGGGAUUGGUUAAUCCUUUCGAUGACUCUAUUUUCCGUCUAAACACUUUUGAAGUUGUAUUUGAUAGCGUGCGUAGCGUGUGUUUGUAUUCCAUGCGACUACAACAUGGCUGAGCUGCGUCAACUUAUUAUCAUCUGUUGGAUUGUUUUGGUGAGGAAUCAAUGUCAUAACUUCACGCGGAAUUAUUCACAGGAAUCCUUAUGCCCGUGUGAUGAGAUUUGUCAUCAUAAUGGCUUGGAGCUCAAUUGCGAUGGCAAGAACCUGUCUGUAAUUCCAAACUGCACUUGGGAGAAAGCUCGUAAAAUAGUCCUGAGUCAAAACAAAAUCAAAAAAAUAUCAAGAAAAAUAUUUGAAAGAUUCACAAACGCAGAGCGUAUAGACUUGAAAAAAAAUCAACUUGACGAUCUUCCCGACGUGCAGAACAUCUUUCCAAUACUGGAAAAGUUGGUAUUAGAUGGAAACAAUUUUGCUAAAAUUCCAGAUGUCAUUGUUUCAAGAAUGCCCAAUUUGAGGAGUAUAACAUUAAACGAAAACAUUUUCAGUGGCAUACCAUUUGAAACUUUAGCAAAACUGCCCAAUUUGACGACUUUGGAAAUGAAAGGAAAUAAUUUGACAGAAAUUGGAAAAUUUCCCCCCAAAAUGUUUCAACACCUGGAAAAAUUGGAUCUUUCUUCAAAUCAAUAUCUUUCGAAUUCUUGGAUGAGUAGUUUGCCCAACUUGAAAAGAUUGAAAGCUCUAAGCCUUCGAGGGACCUCACUUACGAAUAUUUCAGAAUUUGUUUUAAGAGGAUUGAAUAAUCUUAAGACUUUGGACUUAAAGUCAAGUAAACUUAUAUCAUUUGAUGUUCCAAGAAGCAAGUUAGCCAGUCUUACAGACCUAUAUUUGAGUGAAAAUCCUUUGUCUAAAUUACCAACUGCUGUAACAUACAGAAUGCCAAAUUUGAGAACAUUACAUCUGCCUCCAUUAAAUAUUCCCAAUUAUGCGUUUAGAUCGUCAAAAAUCAGAACACUAGUUCUAGAAAGAAUAGGUAGUGCAAGGAAGCAUAAUAUUGAAGUAAAAGCCUUUGCUGAAAUGCCUCGUUUGCGGGAACUGGAAAUUACCGACGUUUCUUUGAAAGAAUUUCCAGAUUUUACUGGAUCCAAGAAAAUAGAAAAACUCCUUUUAACAUCAACAAACUUAUCUAAUGUACCAGAGAAACUUUGCAAAGUUUUGAAAAAUUUAUCGCAUUUACAACUUAACCACAACAAAAUCAAAGAUGUCAAGGCGUUGGAAUAUUGUACAAAGCUUGAAGAAUUGCAAGCAAAUGACAAUAAGAUAACAAAACUGCCCAAGCUCUCAAAUUGUAAAAACCUCGUUAUAAUAAUGGUCGACUCUAAUGAAAUUCAAUUCCUGGAUCAAUCAUUGCAAGGAUUAAGUCAUCUAAUUGACUUCUCAGCCAAGUACAACAAAAUCCAAAUUAUUGCUGAGAAUGACUUUCGAGGCCUGGUUAAAAUGAAUAGUCUGUUUCUCAGUCAUAACCAAAUAAUAUCUAUUCAUUCCAAUGCUUUCUCUGAUUUCAAAAAUAUAAAGAAAUUACAAUUGUCUUACAAUAAAUUUCCAAAUCUCCCAACUCGUGGCCUCGAAUUCCUUGAGGAAAUAUCAGUGAAAGGAAAUCAUAAACUUAAAGAUUUUCCUCCUCCAAGACGUCUUCCUAGAGUGAAAGAACUUGAAUUAGAAUAUGCAUACCAUUGCUGUGCAUUUUUAAAUGCUAAACCAAAACAAGAUUUGACGAACAAUUACACGGGUUCAGAUCAUGAUAAUACACAUUUUGACGAAACGUGGAAGUGGCUUGUUGGCUCAGGAGAGGAUCAUGAGUCAUAUUUUUCAGAUGAUAGUACUGUUCAUACGAAGAAUGAUCAUAAACACAUCAAGUGCACGCCUGAGCCAGGCCCGUUUGUUCCAUGUGAUGACCUUAUGGGAGACUGGGUUCUACGAUUCGGAGUUUGGAUCGUGUUUGUUUUAGCUGUUUGCGGAAAUUUUACUGUUAUCGUUGUAAUUCUUGCUAGGCACACUAAACUAGAUGUAUCUCGUUUCCUGAUUAGCAACCUGGCGUUCGCCGAUCUCUUUAUGGGAAUCUACCUAGGACUUCUAGCAGUUGUUGAUGCCUCGACGAUUGGUAACUUUCAUCAUUAUGGUAUUCAAUGGCAAAAUAGUGCUGGGUGUCGAACAGCCGGUUUCCUUGCCACCCUUUCCAGUGAACUAUCAGUCUUUACAUUAACCGUGAUUACGUUGGAGCGAUAUAUAGCCAUUAAGAACGCCAUUCGGGUAAAUCAGAAGCUUCAGUUAAGAACAGCAAUUUUUGUUAUGGUAAUCGGAUGGAUAUUUGCCAUUGUUACCGCAACACUACCCCUGCUUGACGUCAACGACUACGGAAAAUUCAGCAUUUGUCUACCAUUUGACAUUGGAAAUACAGAAUCACUGGUGUUCUUGGUGUUUUUACUUUGCUUUAAUGCAGCAGCUUUCAUGGUCAUUCUCUUCGCCUACAUUUUUAUGUACUGUUCAAUACGUGGAUCAAAUGCUUGGAACGCAAAUGAUUUUCGUGUGGCCAAGCGUAUGGCUUUGCUGGUUAUCACCGACUUCGCUUGUUGGGCUCCUAUUGUAUUCUUGUCACUCACAGCCACCUUUGGUUCGCCGUUAGUCAGUUUAGCACAAGCAAAAAUAUUCACUGUUUUUGUGUUUCCACUUAACAGCUGCGCAAAUCCUUUUCUCUACGCAAUAUUUACUUCUAGUUUUAAAAAGGAUCUAUUGGUAAUGUGCAGGAAGGUUGAAGAUAAGUAUCCUUUCAUAAAAAUAACGAGACAAAGAAUAUCAUUCAGUCGGCGUAGCUCAUAUAGCGGAGCAAUUUCCGAGAACCCAAACUUACUUCUUCGCGCUCGUAGGUUCUCGGCACCUUUAGUUGCCAGAGCGUUUAGUAAUUCUAUAACAACAAAUGGUAGACAAUCAGUUUCGUCACAUUCAAAUAAAGUCAAUUCGGACAUAAUUCCACAAGAGACUGAGAUUAGUGAUCUUCUACUGACUGAAAGAGUUACGUCAUUGUAAAGGGGAUCCUGCUAGACGAUAGUAAAGCAAACUAUCAAUGACGGAUUUGCUCAAUGGAAAAGAACAAACCUAAAACGACGUCACUAUCAUCACCAGCUUUUCUUGAGCAAUGAAAUUACUUAGUCGCUAAUGAAUGGUAGUUGAAUACCCAUUUAUGUUAAGCCGUAAGUCUGUAAUAUUCAAAUGCAAAACAACUUUCUUAAGUGGUCUUUGUGCACCAUGCAGAUGUAAAGGCUGCAUUCGUCUUUUCUGUCAUCUGUAACAUUUUAAAGACAAGAAAUCAAUUUGUAGAUGCUCGAAAAUUUGGGUAGGGGUAAUACCUAUGCAUUCAUUUUCUACCUUAUUACUUUAUUUCAAAAUCAAUGGAUGCUAGAGAUUAUCAUUACAACCCAGUUUUCUCCUAUUUGAUUGAUGCUGGCUAUGGAGUUUUAUUUUAAUAAUAACUAACAGGUACUUAGUGCUUUCUUCUUUUCACAAGAUGCCAGGAUUAUGGCAUGGCUAAUCACUGCUCUUCAUAGCAAAAAUCGCAGGGAUUAAAUUCUUUGAGAAAAUUUGCUAAAUUGACAUAGGCUUGUCCGUCAACUAAGUUUUUUUUUAUAUGAAGUAAUAAGCUAUAAAGCGGUUUCCCCUAUCGAUAAAAUGUAGCUAUUUUCGUCAACCAGCCCAUUCAAGAUGCUAGAGAGCGACGCAAAAUUCGCUACUCACAACUCUACACGAAUUUAUGUUCAACAUUUUCUUGCUCUUUCCAUUUCUUAUAUUUUGCGAGGACAUUCAUAUUUUCAAAUGCUUAAGAAAGGAAAUGAAAAUAGAGUUUUUUUAAACGCUUGUCAAACAAACUUGCAGACUAAUCGUUCAGAACUUAAAAUUAUACAAUACCUAUAUUUUUUGUAAAAAACAGUGUAUUCGUAAUGACACAUACAAUCGCAUUAUUUCUGUUCAUGUAGAUUGGAGUAUUUUUAGUAUUGACUAUUAAUGUAAAACAAUGUAAAUAAACUUUGAUUGUAAACAAAAAUGUAAAACAAUGUA